GCCUUUCGGCAGGGUGGUUUAUCAUCUUUUUCCUUUAGCCCAGCAGUGGAUUGGAGAGCACUAGUUUUGCAUUGCGUGGCGGAUAAAAGUUUUUGCAAUAAAACUCAAUUAUUGCGUAGGAAAAGUGGAAAUCUACUAUUUAAAAGUGUGAUUGAUCUAACGCAGUUCAAGAGAAUAAUUGAGUCGAAGCAUAAGUGAAAAGCGGUAGCGAAUACUUAGUAACAUGGAAAACCUAACCAUUCAGGAACUCUAUACGUCGGAGAAACGCGGUGACGACGAAGCCGGCGAUGGAACCGCAGAGAAACCUUUCAAAACGAUUCUGCGUGCGAUGAAACACGCUGGCAAGGAACCCUUUCCGACGAUCUACGUUGAUUCGAAGAACGACAAGACGGAAUCUUUGUACGAUGUGGCUGCAAAGUCACAGCUGAAAAAAAUCCAAAAACUGUGGGUUCGUGAUGGAUUCAAGAGUGCGGACAAGGAAAAACGCGAGGAAGAAGAUGCGAAAAAGCGCGAAUCCAAUUUGGAAGAGGCCAAGAAGGUUAUCAUCCAGGAAGACCCAGCGUGGCCGGCUGCUAAGGCCAUCAAAAUCAACCAAGGGCAGGAUAACCGUGGAUCUCGCGUUAAAAUCUACGGUUGGGUACAUCGUUUGCGUCGCCAGGGCAAAGGUUUAAUGUUUAUCACGCUACGUGAUGGAACUGGCUUCCUGCAGACCGUUUUGAGUAACGUUUUGUGUCAAACGUACAACGCGUUGGUUCUUUCGACCGAAUCAUCUGUUAGACUUUUCGGCGUGCUGAAGGAAGUUCCGGAAGGUAAAACGGCACCGGGCGGUCAUGAGCUGCACGUUGACUAUUGGGAAUUGAUUGGACUAGCUCCGGCCGGUGGUGCGGAUUCGAUCUUGAACGAGGAGGCUCAUCCGGAUGUUCAGCUAGAUAACCGGCACAUCAUGAUUAGAGGUGAAAAUACUUCCAAGAUUCUAAAGAUGAGGGAUGUCAUCAUGAUGGCAUUCCGUGAUCACUAUCAUGAUAGAGGAUACACUGAGGUAACUCCGCCUACGUUAGUGCAAACGCAAGUUGAGGGAGGAGCAACUCUCUUCAAACUGGAUUACUUUGGAGAGGAAGCGUUUUUGACACAAAGCUCUCAACUUUACUUGGAAACUUGUCUACCAUCGCUGGGCGAUGUUUAUUGCGUUGCGCAAAGCUACCGAGCUGAGCAGAGCCGAACUCGUCGUCAUCUGGCUGAGUAUAGCCACGUGGAAGCCGAAUGUCCGUUCAUUACGUUCGAUGAUUUGCUUGACCGUUUGGAAGAUCUGGUAGUGGAUGUCGUUGAUCGGGUUCUGAAAUCACCGUGGGGUUAUCUGGUCAAGGAGCUCAACCCGGACUUCGUUCCUCCCAAGAGACCGUUCCGUCGUAUGAACUAUGCUGAUGCAAUCGUUUGGCUGAAGGAAAACAACGUCACGAAGGACGAUGGAACAUUCUACGAGUUUGGGGAAGAUAUUCCCGAGGCCCCGGAGCGAAAGAUGACCGAUACUAUUAAUGAGCCGAUUAUGCUGUGUCGGUUUCCAACGGAAAUCAAAUCAUUCUAUAUGGCUAGAUGCCCGGAGGACCGUCGGUUAACCGAAAGUGUUGACGUUCUGUUACCUAACGUGGGCGAGAUCGUCGGAGGAUCGAUGAGGUCCUGGGAUCAUGAAGAGCUAAUGGAAGGCUAUAAACGCGAGGGAAUUGAUCCCAAGCCGUACUACUGGUACAUCGAUCAGCGAGUGUACGGAACGCAACCGCACGGUGGGUACGGGUUGGGAUUGGAACGAUUCAUGUGCUGGCUGCUCAACCGGUAUCACAUUCGCGAAGUUUGCCUCUAUCCAAGGUUUUUGGAAAGAUGCACUCCUUAAAGUGCGCAACGUCUCAUGUUGGUAUUUAUAACUAUGCUUUAACUCGUCCAGCAUUUAGGCAUUUAUCGGGAAUAUCGUUUUAAAUAAUAAAGCUUCGCAUUUUCA